AUGUGCGACAUUUCGUUUGUCGGUCUGCAGGAGGUCAGGAGACCAGGGCGAACGGAGUUCACAGCAUCCGGUUUUCGGGUGUUCACCUGUGGCACGGACAAGGGUGGUACGCAUGGCGUCGGAAUCGCUGUGGAGGAGGCGCUGUGCAAGGCCUCCCAGUACACCACUGAGUACGUUGACGAGCGCCUCAUGGCUAUGAGGUUUGAGAUGACGGGCCACCGCGGAGCGGUGAACUUCGUUGCUGCGUGUGCCUCAACAGACGUCGCCACCGCCGACAGUAAACGCAUGUUCUGGGAAAAACUUGACAGUCUCGUGCGGCGUAUCCCCGCUAAGGAGUGUCUUUUCGUGCUCAUGGAUGCCAAUGCUCAGACCGGAGGAGGGAUAGACGGGGAAAACGAAGGAACCAUGGGCGAGUACGGGCGCAAUGAGCUGAACGACAACGGUCGGCUGCUGCUGACCUUCGCCACAGACAACAGACUAGCGGUCCUCAACACCUUCUUCGACACACGGAGGAGCGGGAUCUGGCACACGUUCAACGGCCCGUCGGGACGCGAACGUAGGUGCCUCGAUUACAUCCUGACGCGCCAAGCACACCGCGGCCGAGUGUCCAACAUGGAGGUCGUACCUCAGCCAGUGCGCCCAGUCAGAGCGGACUCAGACCACAACAUCGUAGUAGCCACCGUCGACCUCGGUGGCCGGCUGGCCCACAACCGACCUAUCCGGACAAACCCCAAACGGCGGCAGUUCAACCGACAGGAUCUGCAGGUCGAGGCAGCGCGAUGGGCGGUGUCCCAACGGGGUCUCUGCAACUUGCUCGCGAGGUCAGGCGCGCCGGCGACCACCACGCAGGAAAUGGCGAAGGAGUUCACGGAGGCCCUGCUCGGCGCGGCGGAGACGGAGCUGUCUGAGGAACCCC